AUGCAAGCUGCCGCCACGCGUUUCCUUUCGGAUCUCGCGCGCGGCGCCUCGCAGGCCCUGGUGGUGUGGUCGGCCUCGCCCUCACCGUCUCCCGCGUGCCCUGCCUGUACGUGCGAGUGCUCCCCGACAUACAGCGUCUCCUGCCCGAACAUCGACGUGCCCCACGCGCUGCAGGUCUUGACGGCCUGGGGCAGCCACCUCGUGUUCUUCUUCUUCGGGCUGCUGGUGGGCGUCUUCGUGGUGCCCGCGAUCUGGAGGUCGCAGGCUGCGGGAGUGAGAGUUUCAGUCCCAUCGGAGGCAGUCAGCGCUGGACCCGCUGUAUACCAUGAGCGGAUCACGUUGUUGGACGUGCCACCUGACGCGGCGGUGGUCCUCACGGUGGACGGAGACGUUUACGAGGAGUCGACGGUCGUGGAUGCGGACGUGCUCGAGGUGCGGCCUCUUCGAGGCCUCGGGGCCCCGCUGUUCGGCGUCGCCGAUCUCAACACGCAUCGGUUCGCGGUGGCGCCCGACGCGGACACCAUGUGGGCGCACCUUCGGGCGGCCGCGAUGUUGCGUGGCGCGCCCGUGCCCGCCUCGCCGUUCGUGUUGGCUGCAGGCGUGGGCGUCGGGGCUGCCUGGGCUUCUCAGCGCGUGCAGCUGGACGACCCCGCUGACGCAGCGGCCGUGGUGGCGGCUCCCCCUGCCGCGCCUCCCGUCGGCGGCGGCGCCGCUGGCGUAGGCGGGGCAGGGGCCUUGGCGGCCGCCCUGGGGGUGCCCGUGCCACGUGCUGCAGCCCCUGCGGCCGCGCACGCCGCCGCGGCAGGGGAUCCCGCGGCGGCGGCCACUGCCGCAGGCGCUGGUGGGCCGGCUAGGGCAGACUGCCGCGUGCACCCGAUAGUGCGCGACGCGGCUAGGCGGCGGGCGCUGGACUUCACCACGGCGGCCUUGCUGGCUUCUUCCACGCCCCAGGCGGACUGGCCGAUCAAGGGUCCGCGGACGACGCAGUGGUGCCUCGAUCACAUGAGGCGCGACGCAGGCGGUCCGCUGGCGUGGCGUUCCAAGUGGAAGGCGGGGGCGAUGUUGUGCGACACGGAUGCGAUCUGCCAGCAGCACGAAAUGAACUGCAGGUUGCUCGAGAUAGGCCUUUGCUACGACCAGAUUAACUGCGCGGAGCUGGCGUCAUAUGAGCUGAUCUGCCGCCAGAUCCAGCUCAUCGAGGAGCGGCACUACGAGGACACCGUCACCGCGCAGGUGGCCGCGGAGGACAAGCAGGCGGGGAAGGACAAGAGCGCCAAAGCUGCCAGCUCGAGCUUGCUGGCGGUGGAGGCGGACCACUACAUGGGGGUGUCGGCGAGCAAGGGCAACCUGUGCAUCGCGCCCGCCCUCACGGACUUCAUCGUUGUCCAGUUGAAGGCGGAUGCCACCAUUGCCAAGGAGAGAUGGGCUGACGACGGCAUCGCAGCCCUGAACCAGCUGAGCGGCCACUUCGCUCCUGCGUCUGCCCCGCCUGGUUUAACGGCAUCGGCAGCGCAGGCGAUCGCGAUGGAUCACAUCUCUCAGGCCUAUCGACAUUUUCCGCUACCUCCUGAAUAUCAUGAGGAUGCUCAUUCUGGCGAAGCAGCCUUGGCAGAGCUGCUCGCGUCGGCGCCUGGGUACUCUGCUGACUCCCAGCGCGUCAAGCCCUACAACAAGGAUCCAGUGUCCUGGCCUGAUCUCUCGACGGCUCCAGUUGAUGUCGCUGAUCUCGUCGGGGAGGCCGAGCGCGAAUGUUUGUCGGGAUGGAGACGGACCGUGCUAAAGGGUGAGUCGUCUGCUUCCGAUCCGAGAGCGGCUUCGGUGCCGCAGCGCCCUUACGUCGACCCGAUUUUGGGCAACAGCCCCAGGGCCGGCUUCGUGGGUAAGUUGCUGCAGGGUGGUAUGAUCUCCUUCUGUGUCGCGCGGGCUGGUGAUCCUUUUAUCUUGGGUUUUUUCUUUGUCGAGAAGGUUGGCAAAGGCACGCUUCGCCUCGUCUUCGACACGAGGGUGGCGAACGAGGGUUUCGUGGCGCCCACGCUCCCCACGGCGGCGGCGUGGGCCGCCCUGGAGUCGGUCCACCCCGUGGUGCUGGCCCAGGGCGAUAUCCAGUGCGCCUUCUACCGCGCGCUCGUGCCGAAGGGCAUGGGGGAGCUGUUCACGCUGCCGACAAUCUCCAAUCGUCUGCUCAAUGUAAGCAGCUCGACG